UGAAAACGCCGCCAAAGCUUGUUUUUAUGAAAGCUCCGCUUCCUUAUACAUGUAAUAAAUCAUCAAAAAUAAUGUAUUCAGAGGAAGGCCUGAGAAAACUUGUCGCAGAAAGACUAACGGCUGCUGCGGAAGACAUUUUUGUAGUUUUUAAAAGAACGUUCGUCGAGUACGAGGAGGAGCUCGAGCGUCAACGUAAACUGCUGGAUAGCGUCCUGAAACCUCAAGUCACUCUUUGUAGAAUUGAUGUGCCACAGCAACUGUUGUGUAACGAAGAGGAGGUUCUGCCUGACCAGCAGCUCUGUAACCAGGAGAGGAACUCCAGUCCAGACCAAGAGGAGGCAGAGCCUCCACGGAUUAAAGAGGAACCAGAGGAACCCUGCAGCAUUCAGGAGGGAGAGCAGCUUGAACUGAAGGAGGAGGAUGACUUCUUCAUGUUGACUCCUGCUCACAAGGAAAGUUACCAGAGUGGACUGGAACUACAACAUGAACACCCACCCAGCGUAAUUCACCAAAGCAGUCACAUCAAUGGCGUGUCAGAGAACAAAUGUAAUCCUCUUCAAGAUCAGCCAUCUUUUAAAUGUGACGUUUGUGGUGAAUGUUUUAAGUACAAAUCAGUAUUACAGACACAUCAGCGUGUCCACAGUGGUAAAAAAACUCAUACUUGCAAGAUUUGUGGGAGAAUGUUCAGUUGGAAGUCAUUAUUAACGGUUCAUGUAAGAAGUCACACAGGCGAGAGGCCAUAUUUGUGUUCAACCUGUGGAAAAAGAUUCUUUCAAAUAUCAAGCUUGAAGAAUCACAGCAGAAUCCACACAGGUGAAACUCCUUUUACAUGUACAACAUGCGGCAAAUCUUACAAGGAAAAGCAGCAUUUGACAAAGCACAUGAGAACCCACACAGGUGAGAGGCCUUAUUCCUGCAGCACCUGUGGGAAAUGCUUCUCUAUGUUAAGUAUUUUAAACAGUCACAAUAAAACCCACACAGGUGUUAGGCCCUUUAAUUGUAGAGUUUGUGGGCAAAGAUUCAGAGAAAAUCAUGACUUGAAAGUCCACAUGAGAUCACACACAGGUGAGAGGCCUUACUCCUGCGGCACCUGUGGGAAAAGCUUCUUUCGGCAAACACAUUUGAAUGUACAUAAAAGAAUUCACACAGGUGAGAGGUCUUACUCCUGCAGCACCUGCGGGAAAUGCUUCUCUACGUUAAGUAUUUUAAAUAAUCACAAUAAAACCCACACAGGUGUUAAGCCCUUUAAUUGUAGAGUUUGUGGGCAAAGAUUCAGAGGAAAUCAUGACUUGAAAGUCCACAUGAGAUCACACACAGGUGAGAGGCCUUACUCCUGCAGCACCUGUGGGAAAAGCUUCUUUCGGCAAACACAUUUGAAUGUACAUAAAAGAAUUCACACAGGUGAGAGGUCUUACUCCUGCAGCACCUGCGGGAAAUGCUUCCCAUUGUUAAGUAUUCUAAAUAGUCACAAUAAAACCCACACAGGUGUUAAGCCUUUUAAUUGUAGAGUUUGUGGGCAAAAUUUCAGAGAUAAUCAUGACUUGAAAGUCCACAUGAGAUCACACACAGGUGAGAGGCCUUACUCAUGCAGCACCUGUGGGAAAAGCUUCUUUCGGCAAACACAUUUGAACGUACAUAAAAGAAUUCAUACAGGUGAGAGGCCGUAUACUUGCAGAACAUGUGGCAAGUCUUUUAGGAAUAGUAAAGACGUCAAAAAACACGAGGAGCGGAUCCACUUAGGUGAGAAGCCUCACUCGUGCAGCACCUGUGGAAAACGAUUCUAUGAGAAACAUGAUCUAGCAAAACACAUUCAAACUCAUUCAAGGGAAAAGGCGUUCCCUUGUGGUGUCUGUGGGGCAUCUUACACAUCAAGACGUUAUUUAGAUAGGCACACAAGAUUGACAAAAUGUUCUCUAGCAAAACAGGUGGCAGGUACUCAGAUUCCUGACUGUCAGGACAGUUCACAUGAGAAACGCUGACAGACAAGAAGCUGGUUGUAAUGUGGUAAUUCUACCUGAGGGUGGUUGUUGUGCUUCUAA